AUGCAGUUAAUAGCAGAGUUCAUUGGUACAUACCUCAUAGUAUUCACAGGAUGUGCAGCAAUUAUAGUGGAAAAGACCAAAGGCGAAGUGACUUACCCCGGAAUCUGUCUCACUUGGGGCUUGAUUAUCAUGAUUGUAGUAUACACUUUGGAGCAUAUAUCAUGCCACUUUAAUCCAUCAGUUACCAUUACUUAUGCUCUUCUCAGAAGAUUUCCCUGGAAACAGGUUCCCUUUUAUAUUGGUGCUCAAAUAUUGGGAUCUUUUCUUGCAAGUGGAACUUUAUAUCUUUUGCUUGAUGUACCUCCUAAGGCUUACUUUGGGAAUCUUCCUUCUGGUUCAGAUGCUCAAUCUGUAGUUAUGGAGAUCAUUAUUUCAUUCAUCCUCAUGUUUGUCAUUUUUGGCACUGCCUUUGACGAAAGAGCGCAUAACCAGUUUGCCGGGGUGGCCAUUGGCAUGACAGUACUAAUGAACGCCUUGAUUGCUGGGACUAUUUCAGGAGCGUCGAUGAAUCCUGCAAGAAGUAUAGGACCAGCAGUAGUCAUGCACGUCUACAAAGGACUUUGGAUUUAUGUUGUUGGCCCAACAAUCGGGUGCAUACUAGGUGGAGUCGCCUAUAGCUCGAUGCGAUACAUGGACCAAUUCCCAGCUAAGAUCGCUAGUUGGAGUACCUCAUUUGAUAAGAAGUUGAUCAAUUGGUUUGGUAUAUUGAGGGGCAAAUUCUUUGAUGCAUUCCAUAAAGUUCAUUAG